AUGGCCAAGAAUGGUAUGAGUACUACACUACAAAGGCCAUUAUACGUGUCUUCGUUAGCUGAAUUUAUUCUUCAGACUGAAUUGCCCAGGGGAACGAAGGUGCCUAAUUAUACUAAGUUUGGGGGAGAAUCUGGCGAAUCGACAAUAGAACAUAUCGCUAGAUAUUUAACUGAGUCAGGGGAUUUGGAUCCCAAUGAGAAUUUAAGAGUAAAAAACUUUCCUUCUUCUUUGACCAAGGCAGCCUUUGCAUGGUUCACUUCAUUGGCCCCUAAUAUAACUGAUUCAUGGGCCAAAUUGGAGAAGAAAUUCCAUGAGAAAUUUUAUGAAGGACAUUCCAAGAUUAGUUUGGCAGAGUUUUCAGACAUCAAGAGGAUAUUUGCUGAAAGCAUUGAUGACUAUUUAAAUAGAUUUCGGUCAUUAAAAGCUAGGUGUUUCACACAAGUGCCAGAGCACGAAAUUGUUCAGAUGGUUGCUGGGGGUUUACAUUAUUCCAUUAGGAAGAAAAUAGAUACAACUUUUGUGAAGAGUAUGUCACAAUUAGUUGAUAGAGUUCGACAUCUCAAACGGCUAAGAUUAGAAAAGACUAAACAUAUUAAGGCUAAAAAAGAAAAGAUAGCUUUCAUAGAUUAUGAUUCGACAGAAGUUGAAGUCGACGUGGCUGAAAUGAAGUCAGGAUCUGCAUAUGAGUGUCGGUCGUUAUUACAUGCACAAGGGAAGAAUCUCGUCGAAAACAAUCCAAAAUUUCCUUCAAAAACUUAUACUUUUGAUGUCACAAAGUUUGAAGAAAUUUUUGACGUGUUAGUUAAAGAUGGUCAAAUGGUAGUACCACAAGGUACCAAAAUGCCACCAUUAGAGCAGAGACAAAAGAGGAGAUUUUGUAAGUAUCAUAGUUAUUUGGGUCACAAUACAUAUAAUUGUUAUCUUUUCAGAAAUCGUGUUCAGAAAUCAAUCCAAGAAGGCAGGCUGAAGUUUGUUGGCCGCAAGAUGAAGAUCAACGCGGAUCCUCUUCACCAGGAAGAAGCUUUGUUCGUUGACCCAAUUGAGAUCAACAUGGUCGAAAUAACGGAGUAUAAUGAUGCUGACAUGGUGGAAGAGACUAGUGAGAGCCCUGACGUCGACUUGGCUAAAGUUUACCCAAGGCCUUAUGAGGACUUGGUGUACUUUUUGUAUCGUUGCAAGAACAAGGGUUCGCAGGUAUGUCUAUGCCCUAGGUGUGGUGAUGUCACUAAUAAGGUUGCUGCUGAAAACUUUCAAAGGCUGCAACUUGGAAAAAAAUAA